UUUGCAAGUUAAAACAAUUUUAACAAUAUUUUGCUACUUCUUUUGGACUUCUCUUGUACAUUUGUAUUAAAUAUGAAAUAUUACAAAUUUAUUAUACAUUCUGGCAAUGCGCGAGUUUUAGGAAAUUUUCACCAAUUUUUAAAGCAUUUACAAUUUUUAUAAACAAAAUUAACGUACUAUUUAUUAGAAAUAGCUUUCGCACGUAAUGUUCCGUAACUUUGUCAUGUUGUACGCUAUAUUCUUAUUGGAUAUUUUCUGGGUCUUAUUGGCACGAAUCCAACGUUUAGUAUGAAAUCUGCUGGCAGCAUUGCAGUCAAUCGAAAAUUUUCUUGAGAUUCUUUAUUGAACUAGCUGGAAAAACUGCUGCGUUCCUUUCAAUGAGAAUUAUACAAAGAAAAAGUUAAAAUUUCCUAUUUAAACUAGUGUCUAGUUGUAGUAGAAAAGCAGCACAACAAAUUGGUAUAUAAAUUUUGUCAAAAAUUUCGAGUUUAAAGCGUAAAAUUGCAUUUGAAAAACUCGGAAGAAAAAUUUUGAGCUGUGAAAAUUUUGUGAGUGGUGUGCGUGCGGUGGGUGUAUGUGUGUAGAAUAAAUAGUUCGCCAAUAGUGUGGAAGGGUAGUGGAGGAAGUGGUGUAGUGGCGGUGCGGUCAACGGUGUGUGAAUGAACGACGCGUGCGAAACGUAUCUGUUGAGGCUCUGUGAUAAUCAUUAGUAACGGCGUCGCUGCGGCAUCAGUUUACGCAAAAUUGAAUUUUCCCAAAGGCCGUACACCAGCUGCAGCUACAAAAACAAACAAAUUUCAAUAUAUACAAUAUCGAAUAGAAGUGGAAGUAAUAACGAAGGAGUACAACAGCAACAAAACAUCAAUAUAAAUUGUUACACGGUCAAAACAAAUCGACAAAAGCGAAAGUGACGACAUCAAAGUCAGCGGCGACACGACGAACCUAACAACAACUAGGGAGGGGCAGUGGCUACAACAAACUAAACGCGAUUACUUGUCAACAGAAGCGUUGGGGGCGGAAGAGGUGUAAUUGCUGUGUUGUGGAAUAUACACAACGCACAUACGCACGCAAUAUUUCUCAUUGAGCAGCGUGUGUGAACCAACACAGCCGCUUCGCUUGGCUGGUUAAAGCGCGGCAAGGCAAGGCUGGAGGUUAACGCGUGAUUCAAAAACAGAAUUAAAUUGAAUAAUUUUUGCAAGCUUUACAUUCAAUUUGAACCACGUAAAUAGUAAUUGAAAAUCGUGUUAGCAUAACUGGAUUUACAUCAAGCAUUAGAAAAAAUAUUUAUCAGUGCCACAAAAAGGCUUUUGCAUGAUAAGCAAAUACAAAAUGUAAACAGCUUACCGCUGCUACGACAGCUCAUUAUAGCACACGUAAAAUUAUUUUCAACAAAUUAAGACGUCUAAAGUUGCGUAAUUCAGUAAUCUGUACAUCUAUUCAUAACAACAAUAAUCUGUCAUUACUUAUAACAUUUAAAAACAUAAACAUAAGACUGUUCCUUACGAUAAGGUGCAGUAGUGACGUUAGUUAUGUCCUCGUGCAAUUCCACUGCUGAUCUUUAUUUACGUCCGCUGCCUUUUCUCGAUGCCAAAUGGUUACGCGCCGAUCUCAUCUCAAGCUUGCGCAACGUCGAAGAUGCCGCCGUGCUGUGGAAUAAUCUCAUACAAGAUUGUGAAUUAGUCUCGUCACCGGCAGCGCCUGUACUCAAUGCGGCUGGUCAUCUCUCCUACCUUGGCGAUGAUGGCAAACAUUACUGUGGCAUACAGAAGCUGCAAUGCUCCUGCUGUCCACUCGACUAUUGCGGUCCACUAUCGGCAUGCAAUUGCUCCGCAUGUCGCACGCUCGACUCUGAUUCAGCCAUCAAGAAAAUGACCACAGCAGUGCAGAAUGCUGCCGCUAGCCGCAUUUCGUCAGAAGUCAUUUUCGAAUCAUGGCUUUGGGGACAAAGUCCCAACAACACAGUAAAAUUGAAUUGCCAGAACACGCUGUUGGCCGAAUUGCAUGACAUUUCACUGCAGGCGGCGGGCAACUGCCUUUCCGCCAUACAUUUGCGUCAGCAACUUUUCAUCUAUGAACGCUAUUUUGUAGCGCUCUCGCGCUGGAAGCAACAACAGGAACUGCAGUGUCACAUCACAAUUGGCAUGCCGAGCAGUAUUGUCUCAACGAACGCGGAGAAGUGCAAGUUCAAUGAGGAUCAACGCACCGCCGUCAACAGUGGCAUUAGCCCGUUACGUAUUAGGGAAAUGAAUUACCAUGCAACUAACAAAUUACGUCACUUCUCCACCGUAGACGUGCCAUCGCCUAUAAAGGAAAAUGAACGCGCCACUUUAGGCUUGGCUCGUGUCGGCACACGCGCGGCGCUUAAUUUUUCCUUCGCCUUCUUGCGACGCGCUUGGCGUUCUGGCGAAGACACUGAAAUGUGCAGUGAGCUACUGAGCGAAGCUUUAGAAUCGCUGCAAGAUCUGCCGGAGGCAUCGCUCUUUGAUGCCACGCAGGUGUCACCGCUGUGGAUCGAAGUGCUCGAGCGCUCUAUAAAGUUUCUGCGCCAAGUAGCGCUCGGAGAUCCCUUAGGCGGCCGGUGUACAGCACCGCGUGAAGAUCGUCACACCGCUUUGUGCUUGCUGUUGGAGCUGGGCGCACAAAAGGGCACACUUGCCGCCACACUUGAGGCAAUCGUACUACUAUUGAUGCUUUGGGAGAAAGAAAAAGAGACGGACGACAAUCGCGACGUGCCACAAAACACAGGCGCACCUUUAGUGCCCAUACUGCGGCGUUACGAGAGCAUUGGUAACUAUGGCAUUAACAGUAUGGCAGAGUCGGCGCCGGCCAGCGCCACCGAAUCCUUUCUACGCUUUCUCACGCUACCCGAACAAGACACCACCAAUGUGGACUUGAAACAAGCCGCAGUCGUCAUUGUUUCACAUCUCGAUCGUCUCGCAAAGCCGCACUUGCCCACAAGCACAGCAAGCGCGCCACUAGCAGCGCGUGCACAACCGCCAGCUGUCAAACCAACUUUACACGCGCAAGCGUCGCAGGAGAGCGCAUCCGCUGCCUCAUCACCGCAACUGCAUGAGCAACGCAUUUACGCGCUCGGUUGGCAAACACUGUGCCACGAUCAAUAUGGCUUCACCGCUGAGCCGGCUGUGGGCUUGACAGCCGCAGCAAACACUGCUGCGGGCGCGCACUAUCCAGCGCCUGUGCUGAAUUUCUAUUUCCAAGUAAAGCAGGUCGCCUUCUCCGAGGAAUAUGUGCUCUUUCUCACACACGAAGGCAAGAUGUACACUUGGCGCAUUGCCAAACCGGAGACGGAGCCGAUGCUUAUUGAGGAAAUGAACGACGUGCCGGUGACGGCUGUGACGGCGCAUUGCGAGGGCAGGCACUUCAUGGCCGUGGAUAAUAUGGAGAAUGCAUACUCUUGGGGCUGCGGUGAGGGUGGUCGCUUGGGGCAUGGCGAUUCGUUGCUGCGCGAGCAGCCAACCAAAAUACAAACGCUGGAACAUAGCGUCAAGGCGGUAUACUGUGGCUGCACCUACAGCGCGGCCAUCACCAUGAACGGCAAUCUCUAUACUUGGGGACGCGGCACCUACGGCCGACUCGGGCAUGGCAAUUCAGACGAUAAACUAUUGCCGACACAUGUCUACGCUUUACGUGAGCAUAGCAUAAUUGACGUGGCGCUAGGCAGCGGCGACUCACAUACACUAUGCCUGACUGCCGAGGGUUUGGUGUUUGCUUGGGGCGAUGGCGAUUACGGUAAAUUGGGUAACGGCUCUUGCAAUGGUGCGCAGCUGCCGCAGUUAAUCGAAACGCUGCCGCUAAUUAAACGCGUAUUUGCGGGCUCACAAUUCUCAAUGGCGUUGAGCUGCGAUGGUAAGCUGUAUUCGUGGGGCAAAGCGUACGAUGGCCGCUUGGGACAUGGCUUACUCGACAAAAAUGUGCAGUGUCUCAACACGCCAAAACAGCUAAGCGCCUUGCAGUCAAAGGUCAUUGUGGAUGUCUCGGUCGGCGUUUGGCAUUGUCUUGCUAUGAGCAAUAAAGGCGAAGUUUUUGGUUGGGGUCGCAACGAUUUCCAGCAAGUGUGUCCAGCCGCGAUCUCUAAGGAGCCCAUACUGCGCGAUCCGUUGCUCGCUACACACCCGUCCGUACAAGCUUACGGCAUUGCUUGCGGCGCCGCGCAAAGCAUUAUAUGGAGUCAGACUUCGGUGCAAGGCGUGCCGUUGAAAAUACAAUUUGUUAUCGAUCUCAGCGAACACACAUUUCGACUGCUGGAUCAAUUGCUCGGCAUAGUCUGUGGACAGGACAGCAACAAUCGACAAACACCCAAUCAGGAGUCCGAGUGCAUUGCAGUGGCCUGUUUGAAUCUGUUGCGUCUACAAUUACACGCGCUGAUAGUGAAUAGCGUCGCGCCAAAAUCAGUGGGUUUAUCCGAAGGUUCGCGCCUGCUGGUCAGCUUGAAAACGCGCAUACUCAGCUUGGCGGGUGGCUCCAAUGUACUUAAAACCAUGCAAGAGGCAGCGCAGUGGACGCUGCAGGUCGGCUGGAGCGUUUUAUUGCCCACAGCUUCGGAGCGCGCACAAACUUUGACUUCGCUGCUGCCUACUGAGUCGGGCAUCUCCUCCUCGGGUCAUCGCUUCAUGACGGAUCUGCUAGUCGGUUCACUGAUGGCCGAAGGCGGUUUAGAAACUGCGCUCAAACAAGCGAUACGCCUUGAAGCUAAUGAUUGCACCGAUAAUGGACACAAUUUACCGUUACUACAUCUAAUCAAACAACUGCUACGCAACAAUUCUGCUUUGACGCAAGCGCGUUUAACACAACUGCUAAUAAAUGCUGGCAUUACAAAACCCGAAGAUGACUCGUUCAACACGCUCUCAGUCGUGCAAACGCAAACGUUUGCCGAACAUACUAGUCCGAGUUUGGAUUUGUUACAUCGCUUUCAGCGUUUACUCUUCGCACACAUACACCAGUCAAAACAGGAGGAGAUCAGCGGUGCCGAGGCGCUGCUCAGCAAAUAUGUGCAGAGCGCGGUGUCGCUAUGCAUACUCUCGCUGCAGAAGGCGCACGAAAUCGCAUUGCAAGGCAAGGAGAGCGUAGCGGACAUAAUAAAAACCGAUAUAUCCGAUACGCUGUUAUACGAGCUGCUGAUAGGACUGAUCUUACUAAAACGCGAUCGUCCGACGAUUUUGCCCGCUUUCGAAUGGACUAAGAUUUUUCUGCCGCUGCUGCAUGCGCUGGACAAUUUGAAUCGCAUCAUAUGCGACAGUGAGUUACAGGACUCGGACGACAUGGGCUGGCCAGGCAUUAUAUGCCGCGGCAAUCAGAAAGGCGCGAAUAUGCAGACACAGGACGAUGUGAAUUUGAUACGCAAAAAUGAUUUCGAAAACCAAAUACUCGAUGGCGGCAAAUGGAUUAUACUUAAUGGCUAUGUAUGUGACGUCAGCGACUAUCACAGCGACAAUGCGACCAUUAAUGAGCUACUGGCAACGAGUAUCGGUAAGGAUCUCACCGUCGAGCUGAAUACCAACAUCUAUCGUAACUAUUUGGAACAUAUUUUGAGCAACUACAAGGUCGGACGCUACGCGGUGUACGUGACAGAGGAAAAGCCACAUGUGCAGCAAAGCAAAGUGCUCACGCACUUCAACUCGGAGCGCGCGUUGGCUUACCUACUCGGGCUCGUUGUCAAUCUCUUGCAGACCGGCCCCGCACAACAGCCCGCAGAGUUGCAGUGCAAGACCAUAGUGCGCUCCAGCAUACUACGCGGCGGACUGCAGCUCUUGCAGCCGAGCAAUCCCUUCGAUGAGGAGAAGGGUGAGGCGCGUAGCAGCGCUAGCACCGCCGGCAGUACGCCCACCGAACCGCCUGCACACAGUCUAACUAUUUGUGGCGGCAUUGGCGGCGUAGGCACAGCCGUUGGCGUUGUUGGUGGUGUCGCUGUAGUCGCACAACCGCACAUUAAUAGUGUGCAGCAGCGCAUUGAAAGCUUUAUAGCCGGUUUGAGUGAGGCACGCUUAACCGAUGCACUGGUCGUCACUUGGAUGACACUCUCCGAACGUUACUGCAAGGAUAACAAUCUAAUUUGGCAUCAAGAGUUCCCACACGAACAUCCCGUGCAAGAGUUGGAACGUUUACUAACCGCGGUGCUAAUACGCCAUCAGAGUCUGGGCGGUCUUGUGUUAAACGUGUUGGAGCGUGAGUUGAGCGGUGUGGCUGUAGCUAAGACACCACGCCAAAUUGCCGACAUGAUACGACUCAUCUACCAAACCAAAUGGUCCGUGGUGCGCAUACGCCAGCAGCUAAAUCGCAGCUAUAAGGAAGUGUGCGCCGCCAUGCUGGAGCGUCUGCGCUUUCUGCUAUACGAAGUGCGUCCGGCGGUGAGUUUGGAGCAGGAGGCGCUACGCAAAUUACCCAUAUUACAUCGGCUGCCGCGUUUCAAGCAUGUCGUGCGGCGCAUCAUAGCCGAAAUGCGCAUGGCCAAGAAACAAUUGGCCUGCGCAAAGCCUGAAGACAUACUCAAUGUGACGAUACAGAGUCAGAAUGUGGCGCAAAAGCUGAAUCAAUCUCAUGAAUCACUACUGCAAACCGAUGGCGCCGGCUCAGAGGCAACUGUGAAGGACUCUGGUGUCGGCACGGCGGACAGCAGCUCGCUGGCCAGCGCCACGGUGCUUAUGCCACCGCUACGUGGCAACUUAUCCAACGAGAAUCUACUUGACGGCGGCGACAACAAUGUUAUACUCAGCGAACGCAAAACCUCCAAUGAAGAAAUCAAAUUGCAGGCAAACGAACUGGACUUCGAUGUUGACAAGAAGCCCGCUGAUGACGAACCGCGUCUCAAUAAUGAUCUUUUACGCAAGCUGCGCGAGAAAUGGUACUUCUCCGGCGAGUUGAAUGUGCCCAUCAUGCAAGAGAUUGUCGAGUUCGUAAUGCAAGAGGUGUGCGAUGUGGAGACUGUGCGUCGCGCUAUGUACUGUCAGGUGCAACGUUAUCAAAUACGUCGCCAGGGUCUAGAAAUGCUACACGCCAUGUUGCAAGUGCAUGGUCUGCUCGAUGCCGUGCAGUAUAAUAUGCUUAACGGUUAUCUGGGCUUGCAUCUCAAGAGCAGCUGCAGCAAGCAGGCAACGCUAAACGUGCUGUACGAUCUUAACAUGAUAACGGCUUUUCAAAAAGCCGAUCUGCUGCUUGCACAAUCACGUGUGCUCGAGUGGGCUGUGCACGAACUGCAGCGGCUGGUCAAUCAGGAGCUCAUACAGUUGAGGGGCAAAUACAAUGCGGGCAACGGCAAGGAUACCUCUAAUCUAGGCACUUAUGUGUUCCUUAAAAAGCUGCCACGUGCGCGUUUUCUGCUAAGCGUGUUCGGCAUUCUAGCCAAGGAUAUGAGUGCCAAUGAAUUGAGUUUAAUCGUAAAUUCUGGCACACUCGGCACGGUGCUCGGCUUACUCAGUCAGACCGGUGGCGAGAUACCGACGGUGAAGAACACCUACGAUCUCUCGGUGGUGUAUGAAGAUACAAUUUUGAAACAAAAAUCGAAUAAGGCGAACUUAACGGGACCAGAACUGGCAAAGUUAAUGAAGAUCGGCACGCGUAUUGUGCGCGGCGCGGACUGGAAAUGGGGCGAUCAGGAUGGCAAUCCGCCUGGUGAGGGACGUAUCAUAAGCGUAGUGGGCGAAGAUGGUUGGGUACGUGUUGAGUGGUACACCGGCGCUACAAACUCCUAUCGCAUGGGUAAAGAGGGUCAAUAUGAUCUGCGUUUAGCCGAUAGCGCUUUAAAUGUCAUCUCACCGGACACAGAAACGGAAAAGGAUGAGCUGUGCUGUGAUGUUCAGCUGAAUGGCGAAUCGCACCCGACCAAGCUAUUGCGCUACGCCUGCACGAAAACGCUACAAAUCAUCUCGGUAGGCAUUGGUUUACACAGCGCGCAGAUGGAUAAGUGUGCCGUGCGCUGCAUAUCCUGCAUGUUUCGCGCCGUACUCGAACCCAAGUCGACACUGGGCAAUAUCUACGGUCUGGACAAUUGGACCACAUUAGGUUUUCUGAAAGCCAUUGCAGGUGAAUCCAAAUCGCUCGCCAAAUAUUUGUCCUCGAGCAGCUGGAUCGACUUCUACAUUAGCCUGCUCGAACAGCCGGUGACGCGUGAACAAGAUCUUUUCCGCAAUAUUCACUGUCUACGCUUACUGCAGAGCAUACUCAUCCACUGGACCGACGCUGCGCAUACCCAACGCAUGUCUUUAUUGGUGCGUCAGCUGUUCUCCACACUGGGCAAGAUUACGCUUUACUGCCCGCAAGAUAUGUCGCUGUCACAAAAUGUGGGCGACUGCAAGACACGCGUGCUGCUGACCGCCUCACACUCGGGCACCAUCGCCGAGGAGAUCAUAACUCUACUGCGCCGUCUGCACACGCUACCCUACUGGAACGCGGCAAUAAACUCGUUUCUGGCACAAAAACUUUGUGUCGCCGCCGAACUGUUUGGCGAAGACGGCCUAGACAUGCAACACUUGGAAAACGAGUACGUCUAUGUAAUGGGCGUACUUUGCACUAUAGGUGGCUGCGACAUACGACCGCGCAUUGGCCUACAAGUCUGCUAUGAGGGUAAUACGGCCACCAUUUGUGGCUUCACCAACAAAGGUAAGUGUCUGCUCAGCACAGAUGGUCAAACGCUGAACGGCGAGUUCCGUAAGAUCUCGCUGAAUGUGGCAUUCGAAUGCGCCGACUAUUCGGUUUUCAGCCUCUCACGCAUGCCGCUAAAUGAGAUGUUGUUAAACUCUUGGGCUGUGCUGCUCUUCGGUCCUGGCGAGCGCAAGGAAUGUGUACCCAAUGUGGUGGACAUCAGUCUACUGCGCGCCCAACAAAUACAAUUGGCAGUUUUAAAUGCGAAUUGCGUGCUCUAUCGGCAUCAAGCGGCAUUAAGAAAGAUACUGAAACAACGUUCACCCGGCUUGUGUGCCUACUCUUCGGAAGAGAGUCUCUCGGAGGAAGCCAAUGGCGCUGUGAACGUUAGCGGUGAAGGUAAGUCGAACACCGAGGCUGCUUGUGGCGGCACUGAGACCACGAACUGCGUUGAACUGAAUGCACAGCCGACAAUUACUGAGUUGCUCAUACAAAGUAUUUUGAUACGCGCCACGCAACCGUCGCCCAUUAAGGCGAUCUACACUUAUAGUGACUUGUCAACUGCAGCGCUGAAUUGCGCACAAGUGCUCGCUGCCAAAGUGCACACUGAGCUGAACGAAGCGGCCUCAACUAGUGCCGGUCGUGGCGGCGCUUUCGCCGCAUCAACACCGCCCAUGCAACCCACAAUGAUACACGGCGUGCCAGUUUUUAAUGUCGGUAUGUUGGAUGAGGCGACCGGUGGCAGUCAACCGCAAGCACCAAAACAUGAUGCAGAAGCAACACCGCUCAUUGCGCAAAUCAUGGAAAUGGGCUUCUCCAAAAAGUCUGUAGAGUUGGCGGUCAAGCAGUUGACCAUACAUCCGGAGGUGAUACCAACACCUGAGCAAAUCGUGCAGUGGAUACUCGAGCAUCCGGAUGUUUGUGCAAAUACCAUAGAUGCAACAGACUAUCUGGAGCCGCCGUUGUUGGGUGGUAGUGUGCCAGCCGCCGGCUCUUCAAGCGACACUUCACUGCAAGCAAAACUGCAGACUUUGCACGAUCCGGAAGCUGAUUCCGACAAUGAGAGUUUGGACAGCAGCUCCGAUACCGUCGAGGGCUCAUCCAUACAUGAACAGCUGGUGAAAUUUGAAACGCGAAAGGACUUUCCCUCAGCCGAUCAGUAUGCAUUGUAUGUGCGCGGACUCGUUUGUCCCGGCAUGCUAGUGCGUUGUUGUCGCGAUUUUGAGGAGAUUAAAAAGGGUGAUAUUGGCACAGUGCUCAAAGUGGAUACGGAGGGCUUGCAUGAUCUGAAUGUGCAGGUAGACUGGCAACUACACGGAAACACCUAUUGGGUCUGCUUUGUACACAUCGAGCUGUUGGAAAUGCCGCGUGAAAAGACGGCUUGCGAACGCUCUGCGCAGGUAAGCGUCGGCACACAGGUACGUUUGCGCGACCUGUCACGCUACAAAUGGGGUUAUGUACUGCGCGGCAGUGUCGGCACAGUGACCGCAGUACGUGGUAAAGAUGUCACCGUAGAUUUUCCGCAACACGCAGGUUGGAAGGGUACGCUGAAUGACAUAGAAGUGGUGGGUGGUGUUAGUAAUCAAGUAGCAGGCACUACAGGCGGUCUACUUGGUCUGAACAGCGGCGCGGUGCCAACACCCAGCGAUCUUAUCGAAGAUUGGUCCCGUUGCAUACGCUCACUUACGGUAUCCUCGAACGAAGCAACUGCGAAACAUCUACUCGAUCGCAGUCCCUAUUGCUGGCAAAGUUCAUCGAGCAGUCAGACCAAGCAUUGGAUACGCUUGGAGAUACAUGAGCAUAUAUUGGUGCACAGUCUUUCGAUUGUGGUCAGUCCGGGCGAUCACUCGCAUCAGCCCUCAUUGGUGGUGGUACGCGUCGGCGACAGUAUUGGCAACUUGAAGGACUACUCAUGGAUUUCCAUAAAGAACACCGACACAACGGUGACGCUGAUGAGCGAUGUGCGCCAUUACUUUCCCUGGAUAGAAAUAAUAAUCAAGCAGUGCCGCAACAAUGGUAUACAGUGUAAAGUACACGGACUGAACAUCAUCGGACGUCGCAAGCAAACCGAUCUCGAUUUGCUGCUUAUGAAUGCCUCAUUCUUGGCUUGUGAAUAUGAGCAGAUGAGCGACUCCAAUUCGUGCUUAAUCAGUAGCUAUGGCACCGCUAUACCUAAAUCCUCAAAGCUGUACGACUCACCUUGUACUGUAAUGGUCUGGGGUCUGAACGACAAGGAGCAACUGGGCGGUCUCAAAGGUUCCAAAGUGAAAGUGCCAACAUUUUCACAAACUAUCAGUCGCUUGCGACCCAUACAUAUUGCGGGCGGCUCGAAGUCGUUAUUUAUCGUCUCGCAGGAUGGUAAGGUGUACGCUUGUGGUGAGGGUACGAACGGUCGGCUCGGCCUGGGCAUCAGUGUGAAUGUGUCAGUACCACGACAGAUACCAGUAUUACAUCAGUAUGUCGUUAAGAAAGUAGCCGUUCACUCGGGCGGUAAGCAUGCAAUGGCUUUAACGUUGGACGGUAAGGUCUUCUCCUGGGGCGAAGGCGAGGAUGGCAAGCUGGGACAUGGCAACCGACUUACAAUGGACAAACCGAAACUUAUUGAGGCGUUGCGUGCAAAGAAGAUACGUGACAUCGCCUGUGGCUCAUCGCACAGCGCAGCUAUAACCUCUGCUGGCGAACUAUACACUUGGGGCUUAGGCGAAUAUGGACGACUAGGACACGGCGACAAUGUUACGCAACUGAAGCCGAAAUUGGUAACAGCAUUGAGCGGUAAACGUGUUAUACAGGUGGCGUGUGGCAGUCGCGACGCGCAAACUUUAGCGCUAACCGAAGAUGGUAUUGUCUACUCGUGGGGCGAUGGUGAUUUCGGCAAAUUGGGCCGCGGCGGCUCAGAAGGUUCUUCGAUACCACACGAAAUCGAGCGUCUGACCGGCAUCGGUGUCAUACAAAUUGAGUGUGGCGCACAAUUCAGCCUCGCGCUUACACGCGCCGGUGAGGUGUGGACUUGGGGUAAGGGUGACUAUUAUCGUUUAGGUCACGGCAGUGACCAACAUGUACGCAAACCGCAACCAAUACAAGCACUACGCGGUCGUAAAGUCAUACACCUAGCAGUGGGUGCACUACAUUGCCUGGCCGUCACCGAUACCGGACAAGUGUAUGCGUGGGGCGACAACGACCACGGGCAACAGGGUUCUGGUAAUACUAUAGUGAAUAAGAAACCGGCGCUGGUCAUUGGCUUGGAUUCUGUGUUUGUCAAUCGUGUCGCUUGCGGCAGUUCGCACGCUGUCGCUUGGGGUUUGCCGCAAUCACCAUCGGAGGAUGAGAAGAGAGGUCCUGUGCCGUUUUCGACCUCUAAAGAUCCACUAGGAGGCAGCAGCCUCGGCAUUUAUGACACUGAAACGCAGCUAAAUACAUCAACAACAAAUAUGUCUAAACCGACGUCGAAAGUCAGUCUCAGUGAGACGUUGCUCUCGCUAGAAACCGAUGGUGCACGUCAAACUGCGCUUAACUACGUGCUGAAUUCCAUGAGCAUACUGCAGGCACGCCAGCUGAUUGUCGCUGCACUGACCAGUCACAGCAAAGUGAAUUUGCACGAAAAGAGUUCCAGUGAAUUCGAUGUGCAAGACGGCGCUAACGCUACUUUAGGUAAAGAGGCUACAAUUGGCGUUCUAAGCAGUACACCGCAUGCCACAUUGGCCGGUCAUAAUGGCCACAACAACAAUAAUAACUGUAAUAACGAAGUAAUCGAACAGGGCGGUGGAGAGGCGCCAGCCGAUGCCACCGAUCCGGCCGUACACGAAACCUCGCCAGAGGCGGAAAUUGUGCCCGCACCGGCUGGACCGCUAAGCGCAUUUCAAAGCUUAACCGGUUCACUCUCACUUUCGGCAUCGAUUUCCAGCAAUGCACCGCAUAAACAUUCUAAAAUGUCUGCCAGCGCUAUGUCUGCGCUGGCCGCCACCAUGACCAACCAGGAGGAGAUAAUUGAGGAGAUCAGUCUCACCGGCUUGGAUGACUUCACCUCAUUGUUAGGUGAGGCUGAAGCUAAAAGUCUAGUGGAGUUGCUUAAAUUGAGUGUCGCUGGCCGCACAGGACCGCUCAGCACUGCGCAGACCAUUUCCGAUACACUCACUGCGCUCGGUUCGAACUCACCUAGUAUUGGGGCCAUGUUGUUGGAGACUUGUAUUACAGAACUUGAAGAUUUAUGCACGUCACGCUAUAGCCUGGGCAAAGUACCAAAACCUGUCAUGCGCGAGAGCAGUCAUCCAUAUGUCGACAAUAUGACAAUUGUGGGACAAGUGAAGAUACCCGGCGCCGAGUCGCUCCGCAUAGAAUUCGACAGUUUGUGCAGCACAGAGAAACGAAACGAUCCGCUAGUAAUUAUGGAUGCCUCUGGUCGCGUAAUCGCUGUGCGCUCCGGCCGUGAAGACGCGCAUUGGGCACCUGAAGUGCGUAUACUCGGCGAUGAGAUGCGCUGGAAGUUCACCUCGGACAGCUCCGUAAAUGGCUGGGGCUGGCGCUUUUGGGUGCACGCCAUAAUGCCGGCGACCGCAUUACAUGAACGCGGCUCUGACCGCUCAGUGCUCUCGCAGCCAUCAAUGCCGUUAGUGAUGGCUUUGCUGAAUGAGCGCCUAGGGCCACAUAACACGAGCGUGCUGUUGCGAUUAGCAGCCGCAUUAGCGGCCUGCGCGCAGCUCAACUCGCUCGCAACGACACAGCGCAUUUGGUCGCUAAAACAGCUACACACUGUAUUGCUGUCAAAACAUGCACCCAAACCAUUGGAUCCUACGCUAAACACGAUUUUGUUGCCCCUCAUACCGGAAUUGUUGCGUCAGUAUGAGUACGAGGAACCGCAAGUACGUGGCGGCAUAUACCUUAUGCACUCUGAUUACUUCAAAACGUUGGCGGCACUCGCUUGUGACAUGCAGUUGGAUGCUGCAUUACCACCAGCCGAUGUGCAUAAGUGGGCUUGGUUCAAACGCUACUGCAUUGCUGUCCGCGUGGCGCAAUCGCUCAUAAAGCGCACCGAAUUGCCGCGCACAUUCUGCAUGGAGGUGCGUAAGAAAUUCGCCGAAAUGAUGCCACCGCCUCAACCAAGUCAUUCACCAGGCGGCGGCAGCGUCGGUUCGAUGAUAAACUCGACAACAUCGCUUUCGUCUGCAGGCAGCACGAAUAGCAAUCCAACUCCUCCACCACCUCCAUCCAGCUCAACUAUGGUCAACACUUUGACGCCUAGCACCAGCAAUCUUAUACAAUACAUUGACUCAAUGAUGUCGCUCUCUCUACAUGAACCCAGUAGUGGUAGUGUCAUAUCUGGUGUCUGCGCCAACCUACCACCACUGGCGCCCUCUACAGGCAAUGAUAUGCUACAAUUUUUACACGAGGAUCAUGUGGUUUUUAAGAACGCGCACGAUAGUCAGCUGCUACAAUGGCUUAAUCGACGACCGGACGACUGGGCUCUAUCGUGGGGCGGUGCUAGUACAAUCUACGGCUGGGGCCACAACCAUCGCGGUCAGCUAGGAGGCUUGGAAGGUAGCCGUAUUAAGACACCAACACCUUGUGAGGCGCUUAGUCUGUUGCGACCCGUCCAACUGGCCGGCGGCGAGCAAACACUCUUCGCUGUCACACCCGAUGGCAAGUGUUUUGCUACCGGUUAUGGUUCGGGUGGUCGUCUUGGCGUAAGCGGCACAGAUUCCUGGGCUAUACCAACCUUGAUUGGUUCACUGCAGCACGUUUUUGUCAAGAAAGUAGCUGUCAACUCGGGCGGCAAACAUUGUCUCGGACUAACAACUGAAGGUGAAGUAUAUUCUUGGGGCGAGGGUGAAGAUGGCAAGCUCGGUCAUGGCAACCGCAUGAGUUACGACCGUCCGAAGCUGAUUGAAGAUCUCACUGGUAUUGGUAUAGUGGAUAUCGCUUGCGGUAGUGCGCACUCUGCAGCUAUAACCUCGUCGGGUCAUGUGCUCACCUGGGGCAAAGGACGUUACGGUCGUCUGGGACAUGGAGACUCGGAGGAUCAGUUGCGUCCAAAACUUGUAGAAGCGUUGCUAGGUUAUCGCGCCAUUGAUGUGGCUUGUGGCUCUGGAGAUGCUCAAACGCUUUGUAUCACCGACGACGACAACGUAUGGAGUUGGGGUGACGGCGACUAUGGUAAACUGGGACGCGGCGGUUCGGAUGGCUGUAAGCUGCCCUAUAAAAUAGAAAGCCUCGCAGGUUUGGGCGUUGUGAAGGUGGAAUGUGGUUCACAGUUUUCGGUGGCGCUCACCAAAUCGGGCGCUGUCUACACGUGGGGCAAGGGAGAUUUCCAUCGACUUGGACACGGCACUGUGGAUCAUGUGCGUCGUCCUAAAAAAGUAGCAGCACUGCAAGGUAAAAAAAUUGUCUCGAUUGCAACGGGCUCACUACAUUGUGUAGCCUGCACGGAUGCGGGCGAAGUUUUUACAUGGGGUGACAACGAUGAAGGUCAAUUGGGCGAUGGCACGGUAAGUGCUAUACAACGGCCACGACUAGUGGCUGCACUGCAGAACAAACACAUCGUGAAGGUGACCUGCGGUUCAGCGCAUACGAUUGCUAUGUCCACAUCACAACUGACCAACCGCAUGCGUCCGCCACCCAAUCCCCCGCUCGAAUAUGACCUGGUGCGCGAAAUGCCACCAGAGGCAUUGCAUGCACGUCUUGUACUGCUACAUCAUUUCUCCGAGCUGCUGUGCCCCUGUUUAGCCAUGCUGCCAAUCACAGGUGAUCUCAGCUUGGGCGCUUUAAAGGAUGUGCUCGUGUACACCAUCAAAGAGGCCGCAUUCCGCAAGGUCAUACAAACAACUAUGGUGCGCGACAAACAGCAUGGACCGGUCAUUGAGCUCAAUCGCAUACAGGUGAAGCGCUCGCGUAACAAGUCUGGUAAUGGUCUCGCCGGCAUUGAUGGCAUGAAGAGCGUUUUCGGUCAGAUGGUGCAGAAAUUGCCGCUUCUAACGCAAGAAGCGCUUUCGCUGCCGCACCGCGUGUGGAAGGUGAAGUUUGUCGGCGAGAGUGUAGACGAUUGUGGCGGCGGCUAUAGCGAAUCCAUCGCCGAAAUGUGCGAUGAACUGCAGAAUGGCAGUGUGCCACUGCUGAUAACAACACCUAAUGGACGCGGCGAGGCGGGCGCCAAUCGCGACUGUUUCCUACUAGAUCCAACACUCGGCUCCGUGCUGCAGAUGAACAUGUUCCGCUUCUUAGGCGUGCUGAUGGGUAUAGCGGUUCGCACUGGAUCGCCAUUAAGUUUGAAUUUGGCAGAAGCGGUCUGGCGGCAAUUAGCAGGAGAACUGCUACGUCCCUCCGAUCUCACAGAAGUUGAUCGUGAUUAUGUGGCCGGCUUGCUUUGCAUACGCAACAUGGAUGAUGAUCCGAAGGUGUUUAGCACACUGGAGCUGCCCUUUUCCACAUCCUCGGCCAAAGGCCAUGAGGUGCCACUCUCUACGCGCUACACGCGCAUCUCGCCACAAAAUCGCCAUGAAUAUGUGCGUUUGGCUCUUAAUUUCCGUCUACAUGAAUUCGAUGAGCAGGUUAAAGCGGUGCGUGACGGCAUGUCCAAGGUGAUACCAGUACCAUUGCUGUCACUCUUCUCGGCGUCCGAACUGCAAGCGAUGGUCUGCGGCUCCCCAGACAUACCACUGGGGUUGCUCAAGUCCGUGGCUACAUACAAGGGUUUCGAUCCGAAUUCGUCAUUGGUCACAUGGUUCUGGGAAGUGAUGGAAGAGUUCUCCAAUCAGGAACGCUCGCUAUUUCUACGCUUUGUUUGGGGCCGCACACGUCUACCGCGCACUAUUGCCGAUUUUCGUGGCCGGGACUUUGUGUUGCAGGUGCUGGAAAAGAGUCCACCCGACAAUUUUCUACCAGAGAGUUAUACCUGCUUCUUUUUGCUAAAAAUGCCGCGAUACUCUUGCAAGGCUGUUCUGCUAGAAAAGCUUAAGUACGCCAUACAUUUCUGCAAGAGCAUUGACACGGACGAGUAUGCACGCGUUGCCAUGGGUGAUCCCACCGAAGCGACAGGCAGUGAGGACGACAGCGAUCUGGAAUCGGCUGCGAGUAAUGAGGCCUAAAUCAAAAUUAAUUAAUAGUGGAACGUGAACAGUGCUUCACGCUAAACAAAGAAUAAAAAAAAAAACAAAAA